UACCAUUUCUGGUCCGCGGUCUUCUUACCAAACAAAAUGGCGGCCAUGGAUGUUACUGAUAUGGAAGAUCAGUGUUCAAAUCUUGAACAAAUGGAGCUCGACGGCGCCGCAAAUGCAGAGGUUUACACACAGCUGCUUGUCAUUUACCUUUUCAAGUGUGACAUAUGCAAUGCAAAGUUUUUGUGGAAAAGAAUACCAGAUGAAAUAAAAACAAGUUGUCCUGAGCUAUCCAAGUUAUGGAAUCUUGGUUGUAACAUGUGGAAAAGAGAUUAUCAAAAUAUCUACACUUCUCUGCAACAAGUCUGGUCUCCAUUAAUUCAAACYUAUAUUAUUGCAUUAAAAGAUAAACUUCAACAAAAAGCAUUUCAACUUGUUGGCAAUGCAUAUACUUCAAUUAAAGCUGAUGAUUUUGUGGUUUAUAUGGGAAUGCCAGCAAAUGAAGCUAUUGAAGUUGCCACAAAGCAUGGCUGGACACUAGACAAKACUACAAUGCUGCUGACACCUAAGAAAACAGAUGCAUCGGUGAUGGAAAUCCCCUUAACAGGCGAACAAGAACUUGGCUUAUUAACAGAUUACGUGUCAUUCCUUGAAAACUAAGAACUGUCACGUCCUUUAUAUAGUUUACCUACAAAAUGUUUAAACAAUUUGUCACGUGUAUCUCUUUUCACAACAUGACAUUUUGAUGUUAGUAAAGAUGUUGCUUUGAGGUUUGCUUCCUUUUUUCCUGUAUAAAUCACCAUCAGUCAAGAAAAAAUGAAGAGAAGGAAAAACAGUUUCUGGACGUGACCUUGUUGUGCGUAAAUAUUUUAUUAACAAAAGGAUUGUAACAUCUAUUGUGUAAAUAACAGGAUGUAAUCUUCUCCCUUGAACAAGAAACACAAGGCCCUUGUUGUGGGGCAUUUCAUAAAUAUCAAUACUUGAUUUCUAGUCAACAAAUAAAAUACUAAUUUUAGCUACUAGUACGUGAGUCAUAUAUUAAACACUUUUUUAAAAUUCA